CUGGGAGGUGGGCCCAGGCUACUUCCGCCGGCGGCGGGGAAGACGGGAGGCUGCAAGAUGGCGGUGCAGGCCGUGCACUUGGAGGCCGACGCGUUCCUGGUGUGUCUGAACCACGCGCUGAGUACCGAGAAGGAGGAGGUCAUGGGGCUCUGCAUCGGAGAGGUCGACACCAGCAGAAUCGUCCACAUCCACUCCGUGAUCAUCCUGCGCCGCUCAGAUAAGAGGAAGGACCGAGUGGAGAUCUCCCCCGAGCAGCUCUCGGCCGCGUCCACCGAAGCAGAGAGGUUGGCUGAGAUGACAGGACGUCCGAUGAGAGUUGUGGGUUGGUAUCAUUCUCACCCUCACAUCACCGUCUGGCCAUCGCAUGUGGAUGUCCGCACACAAGCUAUGUAUCAGAUGAUGGACCAGGGUUUUGUAGGGCUUAUCUUCUCCUGUUUCAUUGAGGACAAAAACACAAAGACAGGUAGGAUUCUCUACACCUGUUUCCAGUCCAUUCAGGCCCAGAAGAGCUCAGAAUAUGAAAGGUUUGAAAUUCCUAUUCACGUUGUCCCCCAUGAAACUAUUGGGAAAGUGUGUCUGGAAUCAGCUGUAGAGCUGCCCAAGAUCCUGUGCCAAGAAGAACAAGAUGCCUACAGGAGGAUUCACAGCCUCACCCAUCUGGACUCUGUAACCAAGAUUCAUAAUGGCUCAGUGUUCACGAAGAACCUCUGCAGCCAGAUGUCUGCCAUCAGUGGGCCCCUCCUUCAGUGGCUGGAGGACAGGCUGGAGCAGAACAAGCAGCGGGUGCAGGAGCUGCAGCAGGAGAAGGAGCAGCUCCUGGAGGAACUGGCAGCUUUAGACUGAAGGAGGAAAUACAGAUCCUUCAGAAAAGAAAAAAAAAA